AUGCAAGAUCUUCCCCCAAUAGGUGGAUAUCAACCUAUCCAAUGGAAAAGGAACAUACCUUCAAGAGGAUUUAGACCCAGUAUUUACUUUUGGGGUAUCACCGGUAUCAUUGCCUUCGGAUUUUACCGAUUUUACAAGGGUGUUGACGAGCAGAGAGAACUCGCAAGAGAGAAGCAAUGGGCGAGAUUCUCGCUUGAGCCAUUAUUACGUGCUGAAGAAGAUAGACACUUAGCGAGGAGAUACUUUUCGGAACUCAAGAGACGCGAGAAGGUUGCGUCGACCAUGUCACCCUCUGAUAGGGCUAAAUUCGAGGAGAGAAUCUAUAAUGAUGACACCAAGCAUAGAUUACCUCAAUACACAGCUGGUGUCGAGCCGUCUAAACAUUAA